AUGCCCGCCACCACGAUGGUUGCCGAUCCGCUCUUGCAGAUCGUGUCGCAGGUGAUCGACGACGUGAGUUUUUCCCAGACACAUACAGUCAGCGAUGACUUCAGGGUGUACCCGAAGUCGUCUAUAGACAGCGUUAGCACGCUCCAGCAGGAGCAGCGGAAGCGCGUGGAGCAGACGUAUGGCGCACGCGCACCAUCUCCUGAUUUUCUGGGAUCUCAGCUGCUAGCGGAGUACCGCGGGGAGGCGGCUUCGUUGCAGCUCGCUAAAGAGUCCGGGGACCCCAACUUCCCUACCUCUAUUUCACGCAUGACGGGCGAGCAGAGCAAGCAGUUCAAGAAGGACAUGAAACAGCGCAUCCACGAAUGGGAGGCUACGGUGCGAGAUGCAACAGGGCAGACAGAAGUCUACCCGGACCAGAAGGCCUCGUUGCGCUCCAUCUAUGAACUUUACCGCGCCACCAAGAUGAAGGUGCUGGGGGCGGAGCCCUCUCCGGGCCCGCACGGAGCAACAGCGGAAACGUCCGUUACAGGCAACCGGGAUGUGUCGCAAAGCGUCGGUGCACACGCUGCGGGUGCAUCGUCGGCGUCAGCUUCUGCAGUUGGUGGGGCCAGGUCGGAGAGCACUCGGCUGAGCACCUCAGGUGCCAAGGACGGUACUGCAGGCUCUACCAAAGCGCUGUCGGGGACAGCCGCCACCGCUGGCGGUGAGGUUCGCGUAGUGUCGAGUGGCGCCACAGCGCCUGCUAUGGCUGGCAGCGGCGCUGACUGGAUUAAGCGCAUUGAGCGGGUGCCGCUGGGCACGGAGAACGUGUCGACGAUGCCUGAGGACGCUUUGCAGACGGAGAAGCGCCGCUUGAAGCAGGUGCUGCACCGCUUCGAAAGCGACUUCGAGAAGUACAACGGCGUGCGCCCAGGUCGGCAUGACCGCCAAGGCUUCACGGCAGAGUACCAUCGCUACGGUGAGCUCAAGAACGAGCUUACUCGCCGUUCCCAGAAGUAG